CGCCGCUCUGGGUUUUUAGAACUUCAGCUAGCAAAAUGGGAGGAAUUUUCCUUGAUCAUAUUGGUGGUACUCACCUGUCUUCUUGUGCAAACUGUGGUAUGAUCCUCACAAACCGCUCAGAACUCAUCUCCACUGGGUUUACAAGUGCCACUGGUAGAGCAUUUCUUUUUAACAAGGUAGUUAAUCUGCAGUACAGUGAACUUCAAGAUCGAGUCAUGCUCACUGGCCGCCACAUGGCUCGAGAUGUGAGCUGCAAAAACUGCAAUAGCAAACUGGGAUGGAUCUAUGAGUUUGCCCCUGAAGACAGCCAGCAUUAUAAGGAAGGCCGUGUGAUACUGGAACGUGCCCUAGUUCGAGAGAGUGAGGACUUUGAGGAGCAUGUACCAUCAGAUAACUCUCGAAGAAAAAGAGGUAAAUCCAUCUUUUGCCAGGUUUCCUUCACUGAAAACAAAUCUACUUACAUACACUGUCACCUUAGCAUCAGAGUCGGAUUCAUGAACUGCGGAACAAGAGGUUGUGAGUAUCUAAGAUGGAACCUUUCUCUCUCUCUCUCUUUUUAAUUUGGUAUUUUCCAUCCAACAGAAGUGUGUAGAGAAUAUGAUGCACAUGCUGUUAUUUUUCCCUUUGUUUACAUCUUGAGGCAGAAGAGUCUCUGCAGCUACAUGGUAGGCUAUGUGAGGAAAAAUAUUGGGGCUCUUAGAGUGGGAAAAGUGGGUUUCAUGUAAACUUUGAUGGAGACUAUGUCAGGAGCAUGGUUUUACAACUUAUUUGGGCUUCAUUUUAAAACUUUUUUAACCCAGUUAUUUCACUUGAUUUGCUAGCUUCAGAGAAGAGAUCCAAAUCUGUGCCCAGCGCUAAAAGCUCAAUGUUAGUAUGGCUUGUGCUGGCCAGUGUGACAUAUUCUUGUUGGAGAUGAACUGUAGCACCAGAGCCCAUUUUUUCUUGUCAGUCUUGACCCAAAGAUGUCACCAUUCCCAGUUGUUUGUCACCACAUAAUUGGUGUUGAUUGGAAAUUUUUUUCAAAAUGGGGCAGAACUGCUUGGUUGUCUUUUUCCAUAGUAAUAUAAAUAAGCAUAGUAAUAUAAAUAAAGUAAUA